AUGUCUUCCCCGAUAAACGAAAUUGCUGAAUCUAUUUCAAAGUUUGGUGGUGAAAUUCUUAAUAAGAAAGUCGGAGAGGCUCCGAAAAUACCACAAUUAAAUCUCCAACCAGCAGAUAUCAUUGCUUUAUUCAAAUUACUCAAAGGUGACACCUCAUCUGAAUAUGAUGUUGGAUUCUACAACAUCAUUGACACAUAUAUUGCUCAAUCAUGGGCCAAUUUCACUAAUGAACAGAAAGAAGAAAUCAAGAAACUUCUUAUUAACUCUGCCAAGACACAAAUCAACAAGCACUCUCUCAACAGAUUUGCCAACAUCUGUGUUGCUGUCUAUGAUCUCACAGACAAGAAAUGGACCGAAUUAUUCAAUUUUGUCCUUGAAUCAACACCAUCAGAUGUUACUGCAAAGAUUCUUAUUAGAUUCUUAGCUUCUGCAUCCGAAGAAUUCCUUACAACCAAUUUCGCAAAGAUUGUUCACUUCAUUACUGUUUCUUUCUCCACAGUAUCCAAUUCAUUGAAGGAGAACUACUUUACAGUACUUUCCAGUCUCAACAGUGAAGAAGCCUUCCAAAUUGAGCCAACAUUAUUAGAUAUCUUCAUGACAAACCUCAUCCAGCUCAUCAAAGAAGAUCCAGAACGCCAAGAAUUCGUUGUACAGACUGCCAUUGAAGUUCUUGUCCAAGCUCCAAAGGCAGAUUCAAUUGUUCCAAAAGCAAUAACUGAGGCCAUCCAAUCUAUCGUCGAUACCGAGUCAGCCCUUCCUGUUCUCAGUAUCUUCCCUGUUUUGAACUCAAAUUCCGUUGUUGCCCUUUUGAACAGAUUAAUUUCCGUUACAGAGACAUACAUCAAGGAGAAAGGAGCUCUUCCACUCGAACUCCUUGAUUCCAUCGAAGACUCUCCAAUUGAAGACCUUUCCGAGGAUGUUUUGGAGACAUUGGCAAAAUAUUUCUCAGGAUUACUCGAGAAACCAGGAAAUACAGCUGCCAUUGCCAUAUUCGCACCACUCUGUGCACAAGUAGCUGAUGUUUAUGAGGACAAGAAGAUGAAUUCCAUUAUCGAUAUUUGUUUCCAAGGAAAUGGUCUUUCAUUGUGUGCUGCUUUACUUAUCUAUCAGUACAUAAUCGAAUACGAAGAGAAUUUGUCUUAUAAAAUCCCUCAAACCGCCAUCAUCAGAAUUUUCAAUUUGAUGACUUCACCUGAUGAAAAAGUUCGUCAAUCUGCUGUCAAAUCAGCCAGAGAAGUCAUCAACAAUGGCUUCAAACUCACUGCUGACUCCGCCGCCCAUCUCUUCAAAGUUUAUUCUGUUUUCCCUGCAGCAGAAAAAUCGAAAUUCUUCAAAUUAUUGAGAGAUAUUUUGAGAUCAGAAGUAAACGCAGAACUGAUUUCAGAACAAGCGUUUAACUUUGCUUUUGACAAUCUCAAGACAGAGACAGACGCAUACAUACAAUCAGAGUAUCUUUCUAUCCUUCUUCUUGACGCUGAUUACGUUCAAGAUCUUUUUACUGAAGAAGCAAAUUCUAUAAUUUGUGACAAAUGCAUUGAAAUGAUGAAGAGCGAUGAUGAGAAAACAUGGAAGUUUGCUUCAAGGUGCAUGAUUGUUAUGGCACAAGAUGAAGAAUGCCAGAAGAAGAUUGUUGCAGUUCUUCCAAGAUUCAAACAAAUUUUAUCCCAAAAUUCAAAUGUUUCCGAUAAAACACGUGGAAACAUUGCAGCUUCAUACGGAUCAUUAGUUUUCAGCUGUGAUUUGAAGAAGGAAUAUGAUAAUCUUGUUGAUGUAGCUACAAGAUUCAUCCAAUCCGAGAAUUCCCAUUUAAUUUCCGCUGGUGCUUUAUUAUGUGAAAUGGGAGCAGCGAAUAUGAGCCCUUCUGUCAUCAGAAAACUCUUUGAAACAGAAGCAACAGUUUCCAUGACUAUCAAAGAGGAAGAACAACUCAAUGACUUAUUACAUUCAAUGAUCGAAUGCUUCGACAAAUUCCGUGUUGAAUCACAACAAGUCACUGAAUUGUUCAAGAGUUUGUCAUCAGGAAAUCAUCCUGUUUACAAAGGCAAACAUUUCUCUUCAUUUGUUGACAAGGACACAGUUAUCUUCAAAUUCCUUAAGACAUGCAUUUCCAAGUUCAAAGAACUCACACCAAUGUUAGUUACACCAAUGGUUCAGUGGUUCUCUUCUGCUCCUUCUCAAAUGUUUGAUUCUAUUUUGGAUAUCAUCACUACAUUAGUUGACAUGAAACAAGUCAAUGGUGAUGAUGCUUAUUUACUUGGAGAAACACUUUUCAAUCGUAUUGGGGCUGUUCACGAUGAAGGACUUGAUGAAAUCAUGCUUGGAACAUUGACCGAUUUGAUUAUGGUCAAACCAGAUUGCAUUGAUUCUGUUAGAUUCUGUGCGAAAUUAGUCAAUUUGUACGAGAAAUUGGAUGAAGAAGAACAACCAUCAUUGAAGGGUUCUGUCAGUGCAACAAUCCUUUCUUUGUGCUCUACAAGCGAUGUUCAUGAUAUAGUUGGCGAUGAACUACUUAAGGAUAUCCUUUUGGCAUUCCCUGGUGAACAAGGAGAUGGAAACGCUGAUGUAAUGGGAACAGCACUUGUUAAGAUGGUCGAUUCAUCUGAGAAAUGGGCAGAUAUGAAGCCAUUCAUUGCUACAACAUUGAUCAGAGUGUUGAUGCUUCCAAAUGAAGAGUUGAAGAAAUUCGAAUUUAGAAAUCCAACAAUUAAUAAUAUGAAGAGAGUUACAAAGCAGAUUUUGGCAUCCAACCCUGAAAUAGAAAAAGCUGUAAUCAAAGACUUUAACAAGAAUAGAUCAAUGCUCAAUAGAUUUAAGAAAUUAUUCCAGUGA